GUAUGGGACAUCAAGUUGCGUCAUCGUGCCGCACGAGCUCAUGUCCCUGAAUGUUCGCGAUGAAGUUCAUAGACAUGUGGCGAAGCUCAUGGCCUGGUCCAUGAAAUGUGCCGCCGAGGGCAAGUUUCCAAGUGUUGGUUUCCACGGCGAAGAGUUUGAACGGAACAGUGUUCGUCGGUGGACCCUGGAGAGCUGCACUCGCGAUCCAAUGCAUGUCAUCUACUUGGGCGUUUGUAGAGACAUCCUGGCCUCAGCUGAGGCUCUUGUCUAUCGAAAUGCACAAGACAUGCAAGCGGGCCAGGGUCUCAUGCCGCCGAAAAUUCUUACACCGUCGAACUGCAAUCUUGGCAAAGCGGAGUUUCCGGAGCUGGCCUCGACGUGGAAAGCUGCUGAGAUAAAGAUCAUGAUGUGGUUCCUCACCGUCAAAGCUGUUGAGCUCACGACCGGGACAAAUGAUGAGAUGCUCAGAGCGAGCACAACAUGCAUUUGGUCUCCGAACGAGGCCAUGUCCGUCUUGGACAUGCAUGAUCUGCUUUUACCAGUGGACGCAGCAAAGCGAGUCGGAGAUCUGCUUCGCCAAAGUCUGCUCCGCUGGCAGUAUUUGGCGGGCAAGUACUUUGAACUUGGAGUUCGAAGGUGGAAACUGCGUCCCAAACAUCAUGUGUUGGAUCAUUUUUGCGACGAGGUGCCCAGAACAAGGAUCAACCCCAGAUUAUCCUGCAGUUGUUUCCAAGAAGAAAGCUUCUUGGGGCAUUUGAAGCGAAUUGCGGUGAAGUGCUCAUCGGUUCGUGUGGUGGAAAGGACGCUCCAGCGAUUGCUGCUUUUAUUAGGGCUGCGGUGGCAUCACACUCGCGAGUAUGGUCGUGAGUUGCAGUCACGUUGCGGCUUGCAGGCCGAAAUUGCAACCAUGACGUGA